UUUCUUCGUCUUGAUUGGUUAAAACUGCGGAGGAGGCGGGUCUUCGGUACUGGCUGUGUUUACCGUGUGUGAGGUGAAGGCGGUUGGGCGGGAGGUGUCGCACCCCUCAGCGGGCAGCGGGCGCGAUGGGGCUCUGCAGGAAGGGUAGGAGCCCACCGGUGCUCAGCCCCGAGUUCGUCCUCCAGAACCACGCGGACGCCGCGUCCUACCUGGCCGUGGGCAUCCUGCUGGGGCUGAUGUUCGAGGUCACAGCCAAGUACGUCAUCAUCUUUAUUACUGUGCAGUACAAUGUCACCUAUACCAUUGAUGACAAGAGUGAACGUGUUAAUUUUUAUGAAUAUGGUCCUAAAGACAUUGCUACAAUCUUCUUCUACAUGCUCAUAGCUAUUAUUCUGCAUGCUGUAAUCCAGGACUACAUAUUAGAUAAAAUUAAUAGACGUCUGCAUCUGUCAAAAACAAAGCACAGCAAAUUCAAUGAGUCAGGACAGCUAGCAUUUUUCUACUUAUUUUCAUUUGUAUGGGGAACCAGUAUUUUGAAUGCAGAAGAAUUCAUGGUGAACCCAACGUUACUGUGGAAAGAUUAUCCCCAUUCUCGUAUGCUUUUUCAGGUAAAAUUCUUCUAUAUUUGCCAGAUAGCCUAUUGGCUUCAUGCACUGCCAGAACUAUACUUCCAGAAGAUCCGAAAGGAAGAUAUUCCAAGGCAGCUAUGUUAUAUUUGCCUUUACAUUGCUCAUAUCUCUGGUGCCUAUAUAUUAAAGUUGCAGCAUUUGGGGCUAAUUCUAAUGGUACCUCACUAUUUAGUGGAACUGAUUUUUCAUGCUUCACGUCUUUUCUACUUCAGCGAUGAAAACAAGCAAAAAGGAUUUACCAUCUGGGCUUUACUUUUCGUAAUGGUGCGUCUUUUGACCCUAACUUUAUCCGUCCUCAUAUUUGGAUUUGGUCUGGCCAGAGCAGAGAAUCCAGGUUUUUCCAUAGCAGACGGAAACUUCAAUGUACUCAGUGUGAGGAUUAGCUGCCUGUGUGCUGUUUGUUUAACGCAGGCCUGGAUGAUGUGGAAAUUUAUAAACUUUCAGCUGAAGAAAUGGAGAGAGCGUAUUAAGAAUCAAAUUCCAAAGAAUGAAAGAACAAACACAAAGAACAAACUGACAAAAAAGGAACUAAACAGAGGUCACAUCAUCAAUGAAGCAGCAAAGCUAGAAUAUGGAGCAUCACCAAGAAUAAGAAAGUCAAAACCAGUAUGAGAUACAAAGUAGUAUCAAAAGACAACGUUUGACAGAAGACUGUGAGUUAAAAAAUUGACCUUGCAAAGCUAUAAUUUGGAUCUCGUUAUUUAAAUGGACACUACUAGACUAUAUUUUUACAAUUUUUUUGUUAAUAACCCUAACUUUAUGAUAGGAUCCUCUUUGAUCUAGGUUAUCCCAGUAGGCACGUUUAAACUCACUUAUCUUUAACAAUAAAAACGGACAGAUCAGUUUGAACUUCUGGCUCUGUGAUCAGAAAUUAGUACAUUUCUGUAGUAUUUUUAUUACAGAUAGUUCAGGAGGCUGUUUAAAUCUUAGUUGUUUGGUUUUACGUUUUUAUAAAAUCUAAAGUCUGUACCAGAAAGUUCCAACCAUAUUUGUUUACCCUGCAUCUCCCUGAGAGUUAUUUUCUUUAUUGCACUCCUCUUACAUGGAGUAAAAGGUAUGUCUAGAAGCUAUAUAGCAAAAAAAUACAGAAAAAAAUGCAAAAAUGUUUUAUAACUUAUUUCCCUUCAAAGAUUACAGUUUUAGAGUGCAAACUCUGACAUGACAUUGCUAAUCUUUCAGUAUGAAGAUGUGUAUUAUUUUUACUAAAGACGCAAAUUGUGUGCCUUGGCAGAAAUGGUAGAUUGCCUGUUGGAUUUUUUGCUGUGGAUUAUACCCUCCUGUAGGAGGAGGGGAAAAGGAGGGGGAAAUAAAAAGUAGUCAGUUAAUAUCUAUUGUAUUUUAGCCCUUUGGAAGUUUUGUCUUUCAAUUCAAAAUAUUUCUAAGAAGUUAAUAUUUUAUGCUUGCAAUCACAAGCCAAAUUUUUUUUCCUCCAUUGUUUUAUUUGCCUUUAAUUUGUAACAGCCACUUCUUAAACUUGAGCCUACUACUGUUUAGGGAGGUGUUCAAACAGUAUCGCAAUGAAUACUACAAGCAUAACCUAAAGGCCUUUUUUUCUUUCUUAGUCUCUAGAUAAUAAUUUAUUUUAGUCUCUGACUCAAGGUUUUUUGUUUGUGAAGGUAUUAAUUUGCUCCUUAUGUGAACACUUUAUUUAGAUGUGAUUUUAAUAUUAAUAUGCUUAUAUUAAAAGGAAUUAUUUCUCUAUAGAGAGAUUAAUGGUAUUUUAUUAAGUAACUCUCUUAGGUCUGAUGUUGAUACCUUAAUGUUGGAUAAGUUUCAGGAACACGCUUUCUUACUAGCCAUAACCUUUUCCCUAUGUGAAUAAAUUGUAGGAAUACUACAUUAUUCACAUAAGCCUAUACAUUUUUACUAAAAAUGUGUACCAUGGAACUAGACUACAUUUGCUGAUAUUUUUAAUUGACUUAGGUACUAGUAAAUGCCUUGAGCAGUUUGAAUGAGAUUUGCUUAGCCUUUAAGUAUUUCUCAGCACGCUGCUCAAAAGACAGUGCUUUCUUUAAAGUAUACUGCAACUGCAAGCCUGCAGCUCUUGUUGAUUUCAAUGUGUUUAUACCCAAGUAGCAAACUUUCAAAGUGAAUCCAGAGGGUGGGGGUUUAGGUUUCAGUAUCCGUUUCUAGGCACCUGAAACUAGACAACUUGGAACAUUAAAGACUCUUUUGGCAAGUGUUACCAAGAAGUAUGUUACUAAUACUACCACUUGAAUAAACUGAUAACACUCUUGAAUGUUCUUAAUCCACUCACAACACUCGUGAUGGCCAUAUAUAUAUAUUAAAGACUGUAUUUUUUUAUUUGAAAUAUUGUUGUAGAAAUACUAGUGCAAAGUCUCAGAGGGGAUUUUCAAAAGCCUUAGAAACAUAGGUCUUAAGUGCCAUGAAACAGCCAAGUCAGCCUAUGCUUUAGGUCUAGGCUAAAGACUAUGCAAUAUGUUGGGGUAUGUGCUGGGGGGUUUUGUUUUUUAACAGCUUUAUCAGUGUGCUUUUUCUUCCUCCAGAGGACUAUGAAUGUCACAGAGUAACAAUCAAAUUAGAUGUAGACUUGUUCCUGUUUCAGCUGCGUAGCCUUUGCUGAAGUUGCAUAAAAUCUGUUAGCACAGAUGUUGCAGCAUGUUCCCUAGUGGUGUGAUGUUAUGAUGAAUGAUCCUGUUAAGUAUUUUUAACAUUUAAGGCAUGAAUUUAUGUAAAUCUUAAGACUUUCAGUGUAAUUGUAUGUAGUAUUUUGUAACAAUCGAAUUGUAAACUUUUAUAGGGUAGAGGUCCUCUGCAUAGUCAUUUGUGUACACAUCAAAAUGUAAAAUACUACCAUUCAUCUGCUUUGGAAAACCAAAAUUACAUUCUCUUACUACUAACCUUCCUUUCCUCUCAGUGAGUAUCUAAGUUUUUUUUUUUUUUUAAUUUUGUUUAAAAGAUAAAACAGCAUCUUUUAGUGCAGAAAAUCUUACAUUACAAAUUUGCAUUUCUGGUUUUGAACAGUAUGAUAGGAAUGAACAGAUUUUCUUGAUUUUGGGGAAAAAAGUGAAAAGAGAAAUUCUUAAGCUGAUCUAUUUUACAUCCUAUUCUUACAAAGGUUUUGAAUUGACCACCUGAAGCAGAAUAGUUUGAAGUCUGUAUAGUGGGAUAGGGAUUUAGAUGAUACUGUUACUCUUGUCUGCUCCUGUUUAAAAGUCUACUAAAAACUGUAGUUAUUCUGAGUAAGUUCUAAACAUGCAGGAUGUUGUCUUGGAGUUAGUUAGCAAUUUCUGAAAACAUGAGAGCUUCUAAAUGCUCAGUGUUCUGCAAUACUGCGUGACUACGUAAAUUGUUUCAUUAUUUUGUAGAUAAGUGAGUUGGGAUGACAAAAUCAAUGUUCAUCUGUAUUUGUUUCUUAGCAUUAGAAUGGGUUGCUACAUCUACUUAAAUUGAAAGCACACUUACUUGUACUGUUUUUCUUAAACCAUCUGAAUGUUUGACUUCAACCACAGGAAAUUCUAGUAGUUAGAGAAAUGGGUGGAAGAGCACUGAUAUAUUGUAAAGUAUAAAAUUUUAGGUGUUUAGCUUUAACUGUCAGUAGCUGGCACUCACUUCAUGAACUUACUGACCAGAAACAACAGAGUAAUGUUUACAAACAAUAUCAUUCUAACACUUUUGUUUGAUGCUGUUACAAUUAUCUCCUAAAAUGUAGUUUUACCCUACCUUGAAACCAACAGUGUACUGUGGGUUAUAUUGAAUGUGUGUCUGUCUGAGUGCAACAAAUACAUUGGCUUGUUUUUAAUUCUACUUAAGCUGUAUUUUCAUUUCAAUUAAUUUGUCUGUGUCUUUUUCUGGGUAACCAAAUAGUGUUGAAAUGUGUGGUUUUUAAUGCAAUAUGGAUACCUGAAUUCAGGUAAACAUAGAACCAUUAAGGUUGGAAAAGACCUCUGUGAUCAUCUGGUCCAACCAUGCCCUACCACCAAUGUUACUCACUAACCCAUGUCCCUAAGCACCACGUCCAACCUUUCCUUGAACACCCCCAGGGACGAUGACUCCCCCACUUUCCUUGGGCAACCCGCCCCAAUGCCUGACUGCUCUUUCUGAGAAGAAACUUCUC